CGCCUUUUCUUUUCUUUUCUUUUUUUUUCUUUGUUUUACUUUUUAUUUAAUUUAUAUCCCUUACAUCUCUUUCUUUUAUUAUAUCAUGAAGGUUAUUGAUAAGAUUCAAGCUGCAGAAAAAGAAGGUCGUAUAUUUUGGUCUUUUGAAUACUUCCCUCCGAAAACAACUCAAGGUGUACAAAAUUUGUAUGAUCGUAUGGAACGUAUGCAACGUAUGGGACCUGAAUUCAUCGAUGUGACUUGGGGUGCAGGUGGUACUUCUGCUGAACUUACCACUGAAAUAGUAUCUACUGCUCAAUCAGUUUAUGGGUUAGAAACAAUGAUGCAUUUGACAUGUACAAAUAUGCCUGUUGAAAAAAUUGAUAAUGCUUUAAAGGCUGCUAAAGAAUGUGGAUGUCAGAAUAUUUUGGCUUUACGUGGUGAUCCUCCUAAAGGACAAACUAAUUGGGAAUCAUGUGAAAAUGGAUUCGAACAUGCUGUGGAUUUGGUGAAAUAUAUCCGGGAAAAAUAUGGUGAUUACUUUUGUAUUGGUGUUGCAGGUCAUCCUGAAGGCCAUAUGGAUUGUCCAGACAAGGAACAAGAUCUUUUACAUUUGAAGGAAAAAGUAGAUGCUGGUGCUAAUCUGAUUGUCACACAAUUAUUCUUUGAUGUCGAUUGCUUUUUGGAUUUUGUCAAACGCGCUCGUGCCAUUGGUAUCACUUGCCCUAUUCUCCCGGGUGUCUUUCCAAUUCAAAACUAUUCUGGUUUGAAACGUGUCAUAUCCUUUAGUAACAAUUAUGUACCUCAAAAGAUUUGGGAUGAUUUGGAACCUCUCAAGGAAGAUGAUGCUGCCGUCAAGGAAUAUGGUAUCAAUCUCACUAUUGAAUUCAUUCAUAAAUUUAGAAAAUCCGGUAUCAAUGGAUUCCAUAUCUAUACUUUCAAUUUGGAACGUUCUACGCGUUUGAUUUUAGAACGUUUGAAUUUGGUGGCUCCUUUGGAAACGAUCAAACCUUUACCUUGGCAUCCAGCAUUGACUCAAAAACGAGCCAAGGAAAAUGUACGACCUAUUUUCUGGAAAAACCGUACGAAAAGUUAUCUUCAAAGAACAGAAUUCUGGGACGAAUUUCCUAAUGGACGAUGGGGUGAUUCAAGAUCUCCUGCAUUUGGUGAAUUGGAUGGAUGGGGUGUAUCACUCAAAUAUUCUCAAGAACAAUGUAUAGAAAUGUGGGGUCGUCCUGAAACUGUAGAUGAUGUAGCCAUUGUGUUUGCCAAAUAUUGUAAAGGAAAAAUUGCUGGUAUUCCUUGGAGUGCACAACCUUUGGAAGCUGAAACUGAAACGAUCCGACAACGUCUAGCUGGUAUCAAUCUUUUGGGUUAUUUAACCAUCAAUUCACAACCUGCUGUGAAUGGUGUCAAGAGUUCACAUCCUACUUAUGGCUGGGGUCCCAAAAAUGGUUAUGUUUAUCAAAAGGCUUAUUUGGAAUUCUUUGUUUCUCCUGAAAAAUUGGAUGAUCUGAUUAAAAAGAUUGGCAAGAAUCCCGAUGUUACUUAUUAUGCCGUCAACAAGCAGGGUGAUUUACGAGCCAAUACACAAAGUGAUCAUCCCAACGCAGUGACAUGGGGCGUGUUCCCAGGCAAGGAAGUGGUACAACCUACUAUUGUGGAAUCAACAGCAUUUAUGGCAUGGAAGGAUGAGGCGUUUGAAUUAUGGAAUGAAUGGGCAAGAAUUUAUGACCGCAAGACAACUUCUGCUGAACUGAUUUUAGACAUUGCCAAUAAUUGGUAUCUAAUCAAUAUCGUACACAAUGACUUUCAAGAUGAAAAUGGUAUUUGGCGUUUAUUUGAUUUGGAAAUUGAUGGAGAAAUUUCUAGGAAGAUUAGACAAAAUGUUGUACACGAAGGUGAUUAUUAGAUUUUUUUUUUUUUUUUUUUUUGCUCUCCAAUUAAGUACUAGUGUUUGUCCUUUUUAUACAAAUAUAUCUUUUUUUGUCCUUUUAUUAUUAUAAUUAUUAUAUUCAUUUUACUGUCUUUUUUUUUUUUUUUUGGUCAGACCCUAUUUUU